UGCACUCAAAGAUGAAGAUAACACGAAACUAUCAGAUGAACCAACCACUUACAAAGGAAAACAAAAUUUACCCUUGAUUUAUGAACUGAGAAAAACAAGGGAAGAAGAAACACAGAGGGAAAAUGGCGGAGCAAGGGAAAAGAUCAAAGCUAUCAGCUCCAACAUAUCCCACAAUAACUUUACCACCAAGACCAGCCAUUGAUGGGUUAUUUCCAGCUGGUUCGGGGCUAAGUCCGGGGCCUAUGACUCUUGUUUCAUCUUUUUUCUCGGACCCUGACUCAACAAAUAGGCCUUUCUCUCAGCUUUUAGCAGGUGCCAUGGCUUCACCCGGGGCUAAACUUCCUUACAAUCCAAUGGACAGCUCGUUUAUGGAAAUGGGUUUUGAAAGUGGAGGUGAAAAAAACACUGGGUUUAAGCAAAGUAGACCUUUGAAUUUUACUGUUGGUAAUUCUCCUUUGUUCACCGUGCCUCCCGGUUUAAGCCCUUCUGGUUUGCUCACCUCUCCUGGCUUCUUUUGCCUUUCUCCUCAGAGUCCUUUCGGAAUAUCGCACCAGCAAGCAUUGGCACAAGUUACAGCUGAAGCUGCCCUAGUCCAAUCUCAUGUGCGUACACAACCGGAAUACCAAACUUUAUCAGUAGCAGCGCCUUUGGAACCAUCAAACCCUCAUCCAUCAAUUAAUACUGAAGAAACAUCACAGAAGAUGCCUCUUUCGGUCUCUGACCCUCAAAGUUUGGCAAUGGAAUACUCAGAAGCUUCUCAAUUCGAUAAAAAAAAUCAGCCAUCUAUUGCUGUUGAUAAACCGGCUGAAGAUGGAUACAACUGGCGUAAGUACGGGCAGAAGCAUAUUAAAGGCUGCGAGUACCCACGAAGCUACUAUAAAUGUACACAUCUGCAUUGUCCCGUCAAAAAGAUAGUCGAGCGAUCUGCUGAGGGCCACAUAACUGAAAUUGUUUACAAGAGCGUUCAUAAUCAUGAAAAGCCUCAACCGAAUAGGCAAGCAAAGGGUGGAGGUGAUGGAAACACAAAUUCACAGGCUAAUCUGGAACUAGGUUCUCAGGGUGUAGCUGGAAAUUUGAACAGCUUAAGAGAAAUUGUACCAGCUCAUUCCAUACCGGGGGAAAAUCAUGAAUCUACUCAAUCUGUGGAAUUAUCUGGAUUUAGUGAUGGUGAGGAAGGAUGUGAUGAAGAGAGUCGAGAAGAAAGAGACGAUGAUGAACCAAAUCUGAAAAGAAGGAAUUCUUCAGGAGAAGCUGCAGUGAUGUUGUCACACAAGACGGUCAUGGACUCAAAAAUUAUAGUGCAAACAAGAAGUGAAGUUGACCUUUUAGAUGAUGGUUAUCGGUGGCGCAAAUAUGGACAGAAAGUUGUCAAAGGGAACCCUCAUCCAAGGAGCUAUUACAAAUGCACGAGUCCAGGGUGCAAAGUUAGGAAGCACGUGGAAAGAGCUUAUUCCGAUCCCAAAGCUGUCAUCACAACAUACGAGGGGAAACACAAUCACGAUGUCCCAGCGGCCAGAAACAGCAGCCACAACACAGUUAACAACAGUUUGCCUCCCCCGAAACAACACGAUGUGGUCUCCGAGAAGCAUUCAUUGCUUCAAGAGAUGGAAUUUGGAAAAAAUGUCCAGGGGCCAGCAGUUUUAAGGCUAAAAGAGGAGCAAGUAAGAGUGUGA